GAAGGGAUCUGCUUUUUUAGAGAAAAGCCAAGCCCAAGCAGCCUCAGGACAUCCAAAUUAGCAAAGCACCUUGAAGAGUGCCAGCAUUUGAACUUAUGGCCAAAUUCAUUAUCACAAAAUACUGUCAUAAAUCAUUUAGACUUGUUAGCAUUCUGUGGAACACUCUGAGGGUGGUCCCAGCAUAAGGAUUAAAUAAUUAAAUGUUGUAGUUCUGCAGGUGUUCUCUGAGAAAACGAAGCUUGGGGUCAUGUUCUGAACAGGCAAAUAAACAGAGGUGUCUGAACAGCUCCCUGUUCCCUGAGUGAGACAAGGCCCUGGAGAAACUGCCCUCUGUGACCCCCAGUGACACAGCUCUGAACACCUGGGAGAGGGCAUUUCACCUGCACUGGAGUUUCCACUCUUGCAAUUCUUGGUUGUGAGAUUUUAGCAGCCCUUUAAUGCCUAUUUGUGUUAAUUAUUGUGAAAUAGCUGGCCUUGAUGCAAGUUACUGUCUUCCACUGCAGUCUCAAUGUAGCUGGGGUUGAUGAUACCCACUGAGGAAGGAGUCAGGAAUCUUCAUUGUUCAGGAUGAGCAAAACCAGAUCUUGCAUUUCUCCAGAAGCCUUUUUUAUUUUAAUUUCCUGUGUUUUUCUCAGUACAUCCUGAAGGGCAAGUCCUGUAAAAUGGGGGAAAUGUUAAGGUUUAUAUCCUUUCUAAUAACAGUAUUGGGAGUGUGGGAUAAUAGAGCAGGUGGUUCUGUGUGUGGAAUGGUCUAGGGCAUCCUUGACAGGGUCAAUCCCUGAGCAAGCUGAUCUAAUGCUGAGUUUUGUGCAGGAGAUUAGAUGAAGGACUCCACAGGCCCCUCUCAGCCUAGAACUUCGUGUUCUCUGCUCACUGUGCUUUGCAAGUCUUUAGGUAACAGCAGGGAAUUCAGGUAAGGACAUGCUGGGUUCAGACCACCCUCUAAUGCCCACACACCGUGGAAAUUGUGGAUUUGCUAGUUUAGUUUAUCAAGGCUGAAACAUCUCAAAUAGUGAAGUUUGUGUGCAGGCAAGGUGAGAAACUUCUGCUAGAGAAUCAGGUAGUUCAUAAAGCCUGUGAGGACUGGGCCUGAAUGAGGUGUGGUUAACUGGAACCCUGGGCAGGCAGAUGGAGACCCUGACAGGGGGCUGUGGGUCUGGGAUCCCAGUUUGGAGCCCCAACCAACCCCCAGAACAACCCUCUGCAAACUGAGUCUGGGACCCCCAGGCAGCCACUGUUCCAGUGCCACUAAACACUAAACAGGGGAGGACUUGCCCUUGGCUGGAUGCUGCUGCCCUUUCCCUCUGCCUUUCCUUGGACCUUGGGAGACAUCCUGAACAGCUGGUCAGAGAUUAACAUUACUAGCCAGGAGCUUUGGGAAGAAGUGCUGUGUCUCAAAGGACUCAUUGUUGUUGAUGUGUAUCAAGCCUGGUGUGGCCCAUGCAAACCAGUAGUGAAUCUGUUCCAGAAAAUCAAGAAUGAAGUUGGCAGUGAUCUCCUGCAUUUUGCUGUGGCUGAAGUUGAUUCCAUUGAUGCUCUGGAAAAAUACAGAGGACAAUGUGAGCCUGUCUUUCUCUUUUAUACAGGAGGAGAACUGGUGGCUGUUGUAAGAGGAGCAGAUGCACCCUUGCUGCAGAAGACCAUCCUGAAACAGCUGGCAGGGGAGAGGAAGGGAUUCCAUGGAGGAGAGCCUGUGGUGGUGCCAGACAGAGCCUUCUCCAGAGAGCAGGAGGAACAACGGGGAGGACUAACAGGCUGACGCACCCAUCGGGUCCGGGAUGACAACCACAGCCGUGGAGCAGAUCCGUGCUUUUUGAAUAAAUACAAGGUUUUCCUGCGGCAGCAGCACUAGCUCUGUGUCCUUGGUGUCCCUCAGCGGUCCCCCG